AUGGCCGUGCUGCUGGUUCUCUGGGCCUUGUGGCCCAUACUGGCAUCGGCCUUCUCAUGGCAUGGCCUCUGGUAUGACCUGGGCUUUCUGGGUCCUCAUCCCACUCUGAAAUAUGAGUCGUUUGACCAGGAAUCUCCCGAGGUCAAUGUCCUGCGCUGGGACCCGCGAUGUGAAGAGGGCUACGUUUUUCUUAGCCCUCGCGGUCAUUCAUACCCAGACCCGGGGCCGCUAGUCUACGACAGCCAGGGGAAUUUGGUAUGGACUGAGCGGGAAUUUGGCCAGAUCAUGGACCUCAAAGUUCAACGCUACAUGGGGGAGGAUUACCUGACAUUCUGGGCGGGAGACGACGACGGCACACGGGGACUCGGCCAAUAUUACAUGCUGAAUUCCUCCUACGACGUCGUUUACAUCGUAUCCCCCGCCAACGGAUAUACCGGCGACGUGCACGAAUUCAAAAUCACCGACGAGGGCACCGCACUCAUGACCAUCUACGACAUUUGCGAGGCAGACCUUUCCUCCGUCGACGGACCCGAAGACGGCUGGAUCUACGACGGACUCUUCCAAGAGAUAGACAUUGCGACGGGCGAGUUGCUCUUCGAAUGGCGAGCCAGCGAUUACUACGACAUCGACGAAUCCUACUACCCCCUCGGCGAGAAAGGCUCCGCCCCAACCGCCCACGACGCCUACGACUUCUUUCAUAUCAACAGCAUCGACAAACACCCCAACGGAAAUUACCUCGUUUCAUCCCGCUACAUGCACACCGUCACCUGCAUCAGCCCCUGGGGCGAGAUCCUCUGGGUGCUAGGCGGGAAGCGCAAUACCUUCAAGGACAUAUCCCCGGACAAGUCCGCCACGGGAAUUACCUGGCAGCACGACGCACGCUGGCAAUCCGAGACGAUCAUCACGCUGCUCGACAACGGAGCGCACGAGCAUCUCAACACUAGAGACCACACCCGCGGGUUCAUGAUCGAAUUGAACUUCGACGACUGGACAGCCAACACCCUGCACGUCUACGACAGUCCCGGCUCCUUUAGCAGCCACUCCCAGGGCAGCCUGCAGGUGCUUCCCCGGACGGGCCAUGUCUUCAUCGGCUGGGGCAAGCCAUCAGCGUACACCGAGUUCACCGUGGACGGCGAAGUGCUGUGCGACUUUCACUGGGGGCCGCGCGUCUUCUUCUGGUUGGGAUGGAUCAAAUCGUACCGCGCGCAAAAGUUCCACUGGGUUGGACGGCCGCGAGUGCCGCCGGAUGUGGCGGUCGACGAGGCGGGUGACACGGCAUAUGUGAGCUGGAACGGGGCGACGGAUAUUGCAGGGUGGGUGCUGCAGCGGGCGAGGAAUUCCAGUGCGGGCGAGGAUGAUUAUGAGAGUGUGGCGUAUACGCCGAAAGAGGGAUUCGAGACGCAGGUGGAUUUGAUAGGAGAGGGAUAUUUCCGCCUGAUGGCGGUGGAUUUGGAGGGGAAUGAAAUGGGCGUGACGAGGGGGUUUGAGGGAUGCGAGUUAACCGACAUCGAUAUCGAUGACGGCUCAACUAGCACAUUUUUCGUCUUCUCCGAACGACCUUUCCAAUGGAUGCUCGUAGGGACAUUCACCACGGGAGCAGUGGUAGUAGGAGCAUGGAGGGCGAGGAAACGCAUACAGUCGAUUUUUGAGAGAUAUUUUUGUUGA